CCAUGACCGACUCUUGCAAAAGUUGCUUAACAUCAACAAUUGUGGAAUGCGGUGCUUAUCCACUACGCCACCAAGCUCCUCAGUAUGUAUAUUAAACUGUAAUAUCAUUAUUCCAGGUUCACCAAAGUUGUCUACAGCGGUGGGUGGAUGAGAAACAGAGAGGCAACAUAACCCGAAAAGUCCUUUGUCCCCAGUGUAAAGCAGAGUAUAUAGUGGUGUUUCCUUCAAUGGGGGCAUUUGUAGCAUUACUGGAUGCUAUGGAGGAGAUCACCCAUAAGAUAUGCCCUUUUAUUGCUGGGGGAGUCCUGCUGGGUUCUAUCUAUUGGAUAGCAAUCACAUAUGGGGCCGUUACUGUUAUGCAGGUGGUAGGACAUAGGGAAGGCUUAGAGAUGAUGGAGUCCGCUGAUCCAUUAGUACUCCUGGUGCUUUUGCCGACCAUUCCCGUCACGUUGAUCAGCGCUAAAAUGUACAACUGGGAAGACUCGGUGCUGCUCUUUCUAAGGAAGUACUGCCAGAAGAUACCGGCGUUGGCGUACGUACUUCCUUUUGGCAGCGUCGAAGGCGACAGAGGGGCAAUAGUGUCCGGUCAAACGACGAACCAUCAAAAUCAGAACACGAGCUCGCAUCUCUCGCCGACAAGGAUAUUCUGCUCCGCUCUCCUCCUCCCGACCAUAUCGACUAUAAUAGGCAAGAUAUUCUUCCGCUCAAUCCAGAACAACUUACACAGGACUAUAUUAGGAGGCCUAACAUACAUCACUAUAAAGGGAGCACUGAAAAUAUACCACAAACAAAUGUUAUACAUUAGACAUUCCAGUAGAAAAAUACUCGAUUACACAGAGUCGAAUUUGAAAUUAUACAGAAGUACGACCACCACAGACGCCGUUUCCAGCACGAGGGACGACACGGAACAAGUUGUCUGAAGUUACAUUUAGUUAUGUGAAAUAUGUACAUAGUUGCUGGCAUUAGUGUACGUAUGUAUAUAUGCCAUUUUAGAAUUAUUCGAAAAGUUCUUAUUAAUAAUGUCGGUACUUUGAACACUGUCUGCUUUAUUUAACAUAAAUCUCUUAUUUUUGCGUUAUAUUAACUUCGGUUUGGAUAUUAAGUAUGUUGUGAAAUCUACUAGUAUAAACAGAAGACUAAAUUUAAAAAAAAUCUAAAGAAGAAAAUGGGCAUAUGGUUCUUAAUAAUAGGAACAAUAAAAAAAAACGUAAAUUUUGGCAGGCCAAACACGCAUUUUAAAAAUGUAUACUAAGUUUACAUAAACAGCGCCAUUUAUACAUAUCCAUUUAUUAUAAUCAUCAGAUUAAAUAUUUGCACCGUGAACCACUUUUAAAAUUAUUUGUAAAUAUGUAUUAAAAAUAUACGCGAUUCCAAGUCCAGUCAUAGGAGUUAAUGUUGAUGUCAAUAAAAAGAUGUCUAUAUUUCUAUAGAAAUAGCGAUGAUAUGAAUGUAAAACAAGAUGGCGAUAGUGUUA